AUGUCUCUGUGGACACCUUACGAACCGGACCAAGCUUUGGACCUGAGCAAAUCCUCCAAAUUAGUAAAGCCGAAGGAGGAAGCUAAUUAUUCACCAAUAAGAGAUGAUUCAAGUGAUUUUCAACUUUCGCCGACCUUGUACAGCCAUCAUGCAUACAUUCCGUACCAGGGACUGUCGCCAUCACCACCGCAGCUUGUACCAGGAUACCAUGAAGCUACGCAACCUGCCGUGACCUCGUCGAGAGCGAGGAAGCUGCCGCGGCCGUUCAAAGCGGUGACGGCGGCGCUGCCCGAGCUGCAGGCGGCGGGUGACCCCGACCGGCACUACGCGGCCUUCAGAGCCGCCAUGCUAGAGGCCAUCCGCGCCAGACAUGGGGGCUCACUGGGUGCUAGCAACCCGCGCAUGCGCCGCGCCGUGCACCGCUCCAGCUGCGCCGAGGAUGAUGAAUACCUGGAGAGGCGGGCCAGGAACAACGCGGCGGCCAAGCGCAGCCGCGACCUGCGGAGGCAGAAGGAGGACGAGCUGGCCAUCCGCGCUGCCUACUUGGAGCGGGUCAACGCUGACCUCAGGGGUCAGAUAGCUGCCGCCAAAGUAUUAUUCUCGUCUGACAUCAUGUCUCUGUGGACCCCGUACGACCCUGAGCAAGUGCUGGACCUGAGCAAGGCCGCUGCGAUGGCCCGGGUGAAGCUGGAGCCGGGGCUUCCGCGCUCGCCGCCCGCCGCCGCCGGCCCGGAGCCCUACCCGCUGCAGCAGUACCCGCAGUACCUGGCCGGGUCGCCGCUGCUGUCGCCCGAGUCCCUGCGCUACUCCGCGUCCAGCUACGGCGUCUCUCCGCCCGCCUCCAGCCCCGACUCCUCCAGUGGACGCCACUCCGCCGGCUCGCGGCCGCCGCGCCCGUUCAAGGCGGUCACAGCUGCAUUACCCGAACUGGGGGCUGCCUCCGACCCUGACCCUAAGUUCGCGGCGUUCAGAGCGGCCAUGCUCGAAGCUAUGCGGGCGAGGAACGGCGGGUCUCUGACGGUGUCGAACCCCCGCAUGCGUCGCUCCGUACACCGCUCCAGCGACACCGGUGAAGAUGGAGACUACUUGGAGCGUAGAGCGAGAAACAACGCGGCGGCCAAGCGCAGCCGGGACCUGAGGAAGCAGAAGGAGGACGAGCUGGCCAUCCGCGUGGCCUAUCUGGAGCAGCAGAACGCCGAGCUGCGGGAGGACCUGGCCGCCGCCGCCAGGAGACCCUGCGCCGGCUGUCUGCACAGAUACAACCCCUACUGA